GUAUAACUAAAAGUGGACUCUAAACUCUCUCGACGUUUGCAUAAAAAGUGGCCUCUUUAUCGCUGCGUGGAGUUACUUAUCUAUCCACCGCUUGGGUUUAGCGCACGAUUGUCUUCUCCGUCAAGAUGAAUCCUCCUUCUCCUAGUAAAUGCCCUAGGCAUGAUACCAGGAAGGUUGUGGUUGUGGUUGAUGAUGCUAAAGAAUUAGAGAGGAGAUGGUCAGAUUUACCUCCUGAACUGCUGUCAAAGAUUGCAAAUUGCUUGGAAUUUUUUGAUCUUCUGCGCUUUCGUUUCGUCUGUAAAGAUUGGCGGUCUGCUUCUUCGACAGCUUCGGCUUCUGUGGAGUCUACCCCGGGGAGACAGCCAUGUUUCCUGCUCCAUGGGGACAGUGCAGAGAAUUGCAUUCUCUACAGUCAAGUAGAGAAGAGGAAGUAUACUAUUAACAUUCCUGAGUUGAGAGAAGCGACUUGCCUUGCUUCGAAUCAGGGAUGGCUGCUGCUGUUCCAGCAGGGGGUGAUAUUCUUCUUCUGCCCGUUUUCUGGUUCGAGGAUUGAUCUGCCUGUGUUCCCACAGGCGGAAUUUUCGGGGCAUGUUGGUGCUUUUUCGUCCCCUCCGACUUCUCCAGACUGCACUGUGGCUGUGAUCUGCAGGAAGAGUGAGCACAGGCUUGAGAUAAAUGUGCUGGACAGGAAAUCUAGCGUGUGGACUAAACAUGAGUAUUCUCAUUUUCGUGGGGGUUUCCGGACUAUAAAAUGUGCUACGUGUCAUAAUGGUGUGUUCUACUUUGUUGAUGAUACACAGAUGGCGUUGACGUUCUCUGCUGGGCCGAGGAGCUGGAAGAUGUAUCGGAUUGUGGACAGCAGCGAAGAGACCGAGGCUGAGGCUGAUCCUCUGCCGUUUGCUCAUAUGGACAGGUAUUUCAGUACGAGUGAGCUGAAGAAAAAUAUGGAACUCGGGGACCAUGUUUCCAUCGUUACCUGUGCAGCUUCUUUGCCGGGAUCCAGGUAUGAAAUUGUUAUCAAUAAUGAAAGCAUUGAUGGCGAUGCUAUGGAAGGUGCUGAGAUGCAACAGCUCAAAGGGAUUUGGAUCCAACCCAGGUUCUUUCAGAUUCCUCCUCAGUAUACCUGGUCGCUCUGAGACACUGUUAGCUAGCAUGUCUCUUUCUCUUUCCAUUGAUAAUCUAGUUAUGCAAGACUCAAAUGUAGCAAAUUCAAUACUUAGUUUUUGUUAUUUGGUUCGUUUCAAAACCUUGGUAAAUUGAUGCUAUUUUGCAUUUUAUUUCUCGAUACAAA